AUGAUAAUUUUCAACACAAAGACAGCGCAGCGGUCUUACUUCAUCGCGUGCGCAGCCUCAACUGCGUUGCACAACACUAGCCAGGUGAAGCUAGCGUGGGGUGCGGCACGAGGUGCGCGGGGAUACGAGGCGUUUGCAACCUCGUUCCGCACUGUGUUGGUAUUAUUAUUUGUUCAGUGCGGCGUGAGGUCUAACAAACCCGACAUUAGAAAUUCAGAUUUACAACCCACAGCAAUUGAAAAAAAGGAGCAACAGGAAGAAAAGGCACUAAAGAAUUCGGUAACACCAAAUUUAGAUCUAACCGAGGAAUCUGAUUACGUGGUCACUUUUAGCGGAAAGAAUAUCAGAGAAAAAAAGUUAAAUAUUUCCGAAGGGAAAACAGAAAAUUAUCUUUCUUCUAAUGAAUCCGAUGAAAAAGCUUUAGGUGAUUAUAUCAAAGAUUCAGACUCGAAGACUGGUCUACCGAAAAUACCUAAUAUACCCAAUAUACCUAAUGUACCUAAUCUACCUAAUGUGUCCUUUCUGAAAGAUUGGGCGAAGAAAUGUCACACGAAAGUCGAUAGUCAUUGUUUGAAACACUGCAAUGGAGCUUUGAAACAUGUGUGUAAGAAACAUAAGUUUAAAUCUUGGGUAUAUUCCUUCAUAAAAUCCGAGUGUAAAAAGGGAUGCAAAUCAAAGAAGGUUGAAAACAAAAAACCGAAAGCAACAACAAGAUUGAAUUCGGUAGCUACGGUAGCAGCUGAUUCAGAGUUAAGUGAGGAGUCCAGUUACGUGGUCACUUCCAGCGAGAAAAAUGUUAAAGAAAACAAAUUCGAUACUCUUAAAGGAAAAAUACACAAUUACCGUUCGUCCGAUGUGUCCGAUGAAAAAAAUAUAGAAGAUUAUAUGAAUGGCAAUAAAGAGAAGGGAAUUAGUGAAAAUUUGAUUACUAUUGCAUCUAAAGUUGAAUCAGAUAUUCGGGUAAGAUCAAAUAAAAAUGAUGAUACAGAAAUAGAAUCAUAUGACUUAAUUGAUUUAGAAGAACUAGAAGAUUUUGAAGACAAGACACAAAAGCGGAAGAAGCAAAAUCAGGAAGAAGAAACAGACGAAGAUGAUGAUUCGGAAUACGAUCAAGAAUUCCACUUUGGAGCAAAUAUACAAGGGUCGAUUCUUAGGAGCAUGUCAAUCUCUAGCAUUCCCUCUUCAACUGCUGAGGCAUAUUACUUCGCUUUACUUAUAAUGAAAUCAUCAUCAUCAUCCGCAAAUGUAGCCAGGAUCAAUGCCUUAAAAUGCCUUACGAAAUCAAGCGCAAUAAGAUCAGGGUGGGUAGCGGACACUCCUGCAUUGUUCGGUCUGGACUGUCUGGGAGGAAGACUCUGGUAUAUUAGAGCCAUUUUCGACCAUAUGAGAAGGGCCCGACACAAGGGUAUGGGUGUCGUAAUCCUCAUCCAGCGUGGUAUAGAUAAGUUUGAGUUGUGA